AUGAAAAUUGCUGAGUCUGGACUAUAUUUGUCAAAGUGUUAUAAUCGAAAAAGAACACCAUAUGUUUUUUGUCCAUCCACGUCUCUUUAUUGAUAAGUUUCCUUGUCGUCUCUCUCAGUAAGGUAUAACUUUCUAAAAUAGCAAUCCACUCAAAUGUAAUCUUAGCUAGACUCUCAGUUGCUGGAGAUAAGCAAAGAAUCGGGAAAGCGAAUUAAGCGAGGAGUCUGUGAAAGAGUGCUCUCCUCAGCCAACUCUCCCCCAACGUUUGUUACUUUGCCUAGCCCCGCUUUUUCGGUCGACUCCACAAAUGGCUAAUGUAAACCCUUUGAUUUCUACACUUUUUGCAGUUGUCACACCUCACUGUACUUUUCGCAAUGCUGCUGGUGGUGCUGUGGUCGUCACUACGUGGAUGGUCCUUCGCAGGAGUCCAAGUAUGGAAGAAUUUGUCAAUGCUUUCAAAGAAGCUGUUCUUCCACUUGGAAACUGCUUGCGUGCAAUUAGUGAGGGAUCGAUCCGAUUUACGCUUCAAGCAGAAAAUAUUUCCGCUCUCGAGGCAUUGUGGCAAAGAUACCAGAACGAAACUCUACAGACAGAAAUGCAGAACUUUCUUGUUACUGAGGAAAUAAAGCAGCUGGCAGGUGGUGAGGUGACGUUGGCUGUACACAUCGACGAGGAAGAAUACAGAAAUGCCAUGUGUGAUUUUAUAAGAUCAGGAACAGAAGGUAUAUGGACUUAAAAAGUUUUGCAAUUAUCAUUUCUCACGUUAGAUAAAUCAGAGAGUUAAUUCGCAUGUUGUAUUUAAGGGAGAAAGUUGUUCCAGAAACCAUGUUUUUUUAAUUGUUUUUUAGGGACUUUCGAAAAUAAAACUCGUGUUAAGGUUCUGAGAUUUCACAGAGCAAUCGAUUGCAAUCUGAAGUCAAUUUGAAGCACCGAGCUCAGUGUAGAGUGCGCUGAAAUGAAAAACAUAUUACAUAGCACCAUCGUUUUCUCAAUGGGUUAACUCAUUCAUGGGCGUUGUUUCCUUAAAACACACUUUUAGAGAGGAGCGGCAGAGAACAGAGAGGAUUAAAAGAUCGAGCAAGUUCUGAAUCAGACCUCUCGAGAAUGCAAGGACUGGUUUCAGAGGAUGGAAAGGAUUUUGCUCAGGUUAGGAAGUUUAUGUCAUAUGCGGAAAAAAUCCGAGUCGAAGAAUUCUUGGAAAAUCGUCAAGAGACUAACAGCACAAUUACGCGCACGUCUGAUAGUGGAGUAGGUACUUGGAGUCCUGCUCCCACUGAAUGCCGAUCCGAAGAAGGCGCUGAAGGUAAUAUUAGAUCUCGUAUGCAUGGGUAUAUAUCAGAAAUUGUGUAA